AUGAUUCGGGAAAGAAGUACGGAGGGGAUAGAUGGAUUGUCUAACUUGAUUUUGUUGGUAUGGGGUGGUAGGCGAGGAGGAUGUGGAUGGGAUGGAUGGGAUGUUUUGGGUGGGAUUCUUGGAGGUGCGGUGUUUGGAGAGGGAGAGGGAGUGACAGGGGAGAGAAGAGGUGGGAGGAGUAUUUGGGGAGGAGAGGGGGGAAGAGGGAGGACCCGGAGGAGUACAUAG